CACGGACGCACAACAUGACUCGCGCGUAAUUCAAAAUUUGUUAGUUAUACAUACCAAAAUUAUUGCAAGUAAGUAUCUACAAUAACAGUCAGACAUGGAAAAUAUAUUAUUCGUCGAUAAUGCAAGACAAGAUGAAAUUGAAACAUUUUAUGAAGCAGCACAACGACACAGAGAUUAUUACAGAGGAUAUCCAAAUUGUAAUCAUCCGCUAACUUACUUUAGGGAGCCAGAGUACAUGUGGCAAUGUCCAAAAGAUAUGACUCCUGUCUACCUAUCGUUCCCGAUGUACCACGUGAAAUACAAACAGCCAGCUGUCCUACCGAACACCACGGGCCGGACGACUGAUAUGCCGUCGUUACCGGGCCGGACUCUCGCCGGACGCUUCAAUAAGGAAGCCUGCAAAGCUUUCGUCAGAUAAGGCAGGUACCUAAUGAUACUCGAGUCU